AUGGGGCCUGGCUGGAGGUCAGCGGGGCUCCGGCCACGGCGCUCCUUCUUCUUCUCCUCCUCCUCGUGGGCGCUGACCUGGGCCCUCCUCGCCACCCACCUCGGACGCGCCAACCUGGUGCUGGAUCGGGGCCCCAACUGCAACCCGACGCAAUACAAGCAGGGCAACCAGUGCUGCAAGAAGUGCCCCCCAGGCCAGAGGGUGGCAGUGGCGUGCCCGAGCGACUCCUCGGGCGACACGGUCUGCGCUCCUUGCGAGGAGGAUCGCUUCCAGUCUGGAUGGACCCAGGAGCAGGAGUGCACCCCGCAUAAGCAGUGCAGCCAGAAUGCGGGCCUAGAGGUGCAUGUGCCCGGGACGGCCGAAAUGGACACCGAGUGCCAAUGCCGGAGGGGCACCCACUGCUCCAGCCACGAGUGCCACACCUGCCAAUACGACAAGCUCUGUGGGCCUGGGCAGGGGGUCCAGCAGCAAGCAACCCACGAGCGAGACACGCUCUGCGCCGACUGCCCGGACGGCUUCUUCUCCAAUGUCUCUUCGGCCACGGAUCCCUGCCAGCCCUGGAGCAGCUGCGAAGCCCAGAACCUUGUCCUGAAGGCGAGGGGAACGACGGUGUCAGAUGUCAUCUGUGACACCCCGCCCCCUCCUGCCCAAAAGGACACAGAGAGGACCCACUUGUUGGCAUUGCUCCCCGUGGCGGGCCUCCUUCUCCUGGGGGGCUUCUUGGCUGUCUGCUAUUGGCUCCGAGGCAGGGGUCUCCAGAAGCAGCAGCAACAUCAGCCACAGCAACACAACCAGGACCCUCACCGACUGGAUGAUCCAAUAGAGAUGGACGAGGAGUGCCCUGCUUUUCCCAUCCAGGAGACACUGCUGGGGGCCAAGCCCAUGGCCCAGGAGGAGGGCAAGGAGGCCCGCCUGGCCGUCCAGGAGCAGGCCUGAGCAGCCGGGCGGGGGUCUCCCCAUGCCCACCAGGAGAAGAACCGAGGGCUGGUGCAGCUUGCAAGGACUUCUCAGGGCAAAGUCCCACAGGGUGCCCAUGCAACUUGCAAGGACCUCCAUAGGGUUCUAAUGCAACGUGUAGGGACGUCUCAAUGCAAAACCCCAAAGGGUGCCCAUGCAGCUUGCAGGGCCUUCUCAGCACAAAGACCCACAGGGUGCCCAUGCAACUUGCAAGGACUUCUCAAUGCAAAGACCCACAGGGUGCCCAUGCAACUUGCAGAGACUUCCAUAGGGUGCAAAUGCACCUUGCAAGGACUUCUCAAUGCAAAGACCCACAGGGUGCCCAUGCAACUUGCAGGGACUUCCAUAGGGUGCCAAUGCAACUUGUAGGGACUUCUCAAUGCAAAGACCCACAGGAUACCCAUGCAACUUGCAGGGACUUCCAUAAGGCGCCAAUGCAACUUGCAAGGGCUUCUCAGGGCAAAGUCCCACAGGGUGCCCAUGCAACUUGCAGAGACUUCUCAGUGCAAAAUCCCACAGGGUGCCCAUGCAACUUGCAGGGACUUCCAUAGAGUGCCCAUGCAACUUGUAGGAACUUCUCAGGGCAAAGUCCCACAGGGUGCCCAUGCAACUUGCAGGGACUUCCAUAGAGCGCCAGUGCAACUUGCAAAAAGUUCUCAAUGCAAAGCUCCAGUUUGCAAGGACUUCUCAGUGCAAAGCCCCAAAGCAGCACAGGUUGCUCUAUGCAAGGGCCCCACACCAAGAAGGAAGCUGGAGAGGCUUCCCAAUGGGCCAGGUCAACUGGACCAGUGCUGUCUUGGGUUGCCAGGACAGGCUCUGCAGGAAAGGACCUACUGCCCUUUCCUUGCUGAAUGGUCAAGGAUGCUUCAAUGCAGGCCAAAGGCAAUGGGAUCUUGCCUUUUCCAGAAGGGAAACCGGGUCCGGCAGAUAAUCAUAAUCCAAUGCCCGGUUGCACUUUGGAAGCUGGUCUCUUUUUCCUUCUCCCCAGAGCCGGCCAAAGAGCGAGUCCACAUUUUGCAGAAUUAACAGAGGCAGCAUUGGAGCUGGACUUUGCAAACCAGGGUUCAAGUCCACACUCUGCUUUUUAAUUCUGCCAUUCAAAGCAACCCCAAAGCCACUGCAUGGCUGAGAAUCAACACAUCAGAAAGCAGAGGCCAUCCAGUCCAGCCCUCUUCUGGCAUGCAGAAAGACACCAUCUAAGCCCUCUCGACAGAUGGCCAUCUGGCCUCUGAUGAAAGACCUCUAGAGAUGGAAUCCUCCCACCCCACCCCCCGCCCCCAGAAUCCCAGUCUAUUUAUAUUCCCCCAAAGGCCAUCCAGGCCAACCCUUUUCUUCCUGCCAGACAGGGAUACACAACCUAAACCCUCCUGACAGAUGGCCUUUGUGUCAAAUGCAACGAAGGAUGACAUUUUGCAACCAACGUGUGACUGACUUUGCUCCCUCCUCUGCCAUUUUGUGUUAUUUUCUCUCUCUCUUGUGUUGAUAAAUAAAUGUAUAUAUUUUUG